AUGGAAGGCCAUUCGGUGCAACCUUCGGAGCGGAUGCCCGCACUGCAGGAAUGGAUAGCGCGAUGGACACCCCAAAUUCAUCCUGUGAAAUCACCAGAGCAAGAGUACCAAGAAAAAUUCAAGAUAGCUCAAGAUUCGUUCAACAGCCUAACACAAUCGUCACAAAACUCGUUCGACAAAUCAACAAUCGAUGAGACUAUGGGCUGCCUUGCCCGCAUCAAAGAGCUCAUGACGCUACAUGAAGAUACCAAGGAACAAAAAGAGCAACAAUAUCAGGAAAAGAUUUGGGAGAAGCAGGAGUCCUGUGUUAAUGAACUUCUAGACUUAUUUGGCCCUGACCUUGAUAAGAUUCGGCGUGUCGGCCGCCCUCUCCCAACUACCACUGCUCAGUCAAACACUACACCAGGCGCUGUCGAUACGCAUCAACCCGAAGACACAACUGCCUCGUGUUUUGCUCCUACACAAGACCCUCUCACCCAGCCGACAAGCACGAACGACUCUAUACCAAGCCGUCCCAACGCCGAAAAUACAGGCGAGCCGACGACCCGCCCGAACGAACCUCACGGACCCGAACAGAAUACCCCGUCAGGUCCCUCAAAGAGACCAGUCGACUCUCAGAGAUCCCCCGAAUCUCGCCCGACCCGUCCAACGAAGCGCGUUCGAUCGGAUAUAGCACAAGGGCCCCUUACGGGCGACAGAACAAUUGAGUUCGACCAAGUCUACCAAAACGGCCAUGCCGAGCCCAAAUAUGUCAUCGUCAAGCAUGGAGAGUUCUGGUAUAUCCUCGAGUGUAAGAAGCACAGGCUACACUUCAACAAUCAUCCCAUUCGCGGUGCCGUCAAGCAUCUUCGGGGUAAGAAGCAUAACCAGACUUCUGUCAAUUUCGAAGAUGCCAUUCGAGCUCUCGGGACCCGUGUUCUUCACUGCACUGACGACAACGUUGCUGAAAACAACGAGGUUGCGCGAAGACCUUCUUACUCUGAGAUGGGUCGGCCUGUCAAUAGUCUUUCUCCCUCAGUUGCUCACAGCAUUCCCACGCGAAGUAACCAGAAUCGCACCGAGAUUGAUCCCCAUCCUGGAGAAGUUUACACCACCUAUUGGAGUGAGACAAAGAAAUUCUUUGCCAUUCUCGUUCUGCCUUGGCGUAAUGUCGGAAACCUGGGUAAAGACCUAUCGCUCACUGUCAAGGACACCGAGCUCAUUAAGAAAGUCCCAUCUUGCUAUCGAUAUAACCAUGUCGACGAGUCAUACGAAUGGGCUCCGCAAUAUCGCCCUGGUGGAGAGUCCUACCCGAAGAGGAAGUAUCCCAUCAUGUUUUUUGAUGCCCAGGUGUUUCCGGGGCAAUGCCGCGUUUAUUGGGUUGCUGCACGCGACUUUCAGUUAUAUGAUCGCCGAGUUGCUACUAUCCCGUUCAAGGAUGUCGUGGAUGGCUAUAUUGCAUCAAGGAACAACAGUAGUGAUCAAGCAGGCCCUCAUAUCGACGGCGCACAAGGAAGCCUUAGCGAUGACCCACCGACAGCCGAAAUAUUCCCCCGCGAAGAACAAGUGACAGGUGUCCCCGGUCGAGAAAUCAUUGUCAUUGAUGAUGAAAGCGAUGAUGAAACAGGGGGUGGUGAGCCAUGGCCUGAUACACCCGUCGCGAUCCCCAUUCCCAAGACCGAGCCGCAGGAGGAGCCUUUGACGGUGGAUAAUGCCCAGCAAUAUCCAGGCCCCAACCACGGCAGUGCGUCUUCACAACAGCCGUUGAGUUCUGCGGUAGCGAAUCGUGGUCAACACCGAACGAAUAAUGAUCUGGAUUCUCAUCACACCUUGACCGAUCCGGCAGAGUACCUUCAGCGUUUAGACAACACUGGUCAAGCAGACUCUAUCCUGUUAAACCCCAAUCAUAGUCGGCAACAUGAUGACAUGUAUGAGUCUCAAGUACUAACCGGAAGCGCUUCUUCAAACCCUUCAUUUAGUACGCAACACCAGGCCACUACUGGUAACGAUCCAUUGUCUCAAUGGCCCCCGGUGCAUGAGCACGAACAGGCCACCUCGAAUUUCCAUUCCUAUCAGCCACCUCUACCAGCGACUUCUGGCACCCGCGCCCCUGAAGCCAUCAUGACCCCUAUGUGUCAUAACCAGAACCCAACACACAGCUCCCAGAGCCAGCCUGCCCAAGCAACAGAAUUGUACGGUUACCUCAACCAAGCCCGAAGUGCGUCAUCUCAAUGCCGACUUGAUAGCAAUGGUCGUCUUAAAUGGCUUGCUCCUAAACCCACGGCUGGGGUGACCAGGAAAUGA